CUUGGGUUCUUGUUCGUUACAAAGCUAGUAGGCUCGAAUCACAACUUGGUUGUCCUAAUGUGCAUCUAUCUUUUAGAAGUGAAAAGUGCGACUUACUGCAUCUAUUGAAGCAAUGUCGCUCAGUCCCGAUUUGCCCCCAAGCGAGGAGCAGAAUUUAGAGAUACAGGGAUCUGCUACUAAUUGUUAUUCUGUGGUAAUAAUUGAAGAACAGGAUGACACCUUUAAUGACCAACCUUUCUAUUGUGAGAUGUGUCAACAACACUUCAUAGAUCAGUGUGAGACCCAUGGUCCACCUUCGUUUACAUGCGACUCUCCAGCGGCUUUGGGUACACCUCAAAGAGCUCUGCUAACACUGCCACAAGGCUUGGUUAUUGGUCGAUCAAGCAUCUCUCAUGCAGGACUUGGGGUUUUCAACCAGGGCCAAACUGUUCCUCUAGGGAUGCAUUUUGGGCCUUUUGACGGUGAAGAGAUCAGUGAGGAAAAGGCACUGGAUAGUGCCAACUCUUGGGUAAUUUGCAGAGGAAAUAAUCAGUAUAGUUACAUAGAUGCAGAGAAAGACACUCACUCUAACUGGAUGAAGUUUGUUGUGUGCUCAAGGAGUGAGACGGAGCAGAAUCUUGUUGCGUUCCAACAAAAUGGACGUAUUCUGUUCCGCUGUUGCCGCCCCAUUAGCCCUGGUCAGGAAUUUAGAGUUUGGUAUGCUGAGGAAUAUGCUCAAGGACUCGGCGCCAUCUGGGAUAAGAUCUGGGAUAAUAAAUGCAUUUCUCAAGGUUCAACUGAAGAACAGGCAACUCAGAAUUGUCCAUGUCCUUUUUGCCAUUACUCCUUCCCUACCCUUGUUUAUCUGCAUGCGCAUGUGAAGCGCACGCACCCUAAUGAGUACGCACAAUUCACACAGACACAUCCGCUUGAAUCUGAAGCCCAUACACCCAUCACUGAAGUAGAACAGUGUCUUGUGGCCUCCGAUGAAGCGCUUUCAACACAAACGCAGCCGGUGACAGAAAGUCCUCAGGAGCAGAUUUCAACCCAAAACGGACAACCCAUCCAUCAGACUGAAAACUCGGAUGAGCCUGAUGCAUCUGAUAUAUACACUGCUGCAGGUGAAAUUUCAGAUGAAAUACAUGCAUGUGUUGAUUGCGGUCGGUCGUUUUUGAGAUCUUGUCAUCUGAAGCGACAUCAGCGCACCAUUCACUCCAAAGAGAAGCCUUAUUGCUGCAGCCAAUGUAAGAAGUGCUUUAGUCAAGCAACAGGGCUGAAAAGACACCAGCACACCCACCAGGAACAAGAAAAGAACAUUGAAAGUCCAGACAGACCUUCUGAUAUAUACCCCUGCACUAAGUGCACCUUGUCCUUCGUGGCGAAGAUCAAUUUACAUCAACAUCUCAAACGACAUCACCACGGAGAGUACCUCCGAUUAGUUGAGAGUGGCUCACUUACUGCAGAAACCGAAGAAGAUCAUACAGAAGUGUGUUUUGACAAGCAGGAUCCAAACUAUGAACCUCCUUCUCGAGGAAGGAAGUCCACAAAGAACUCUUUAAAAGGCAGAGGUUGUCCUAAAAAAGUGGCUGUAGGCAGGCCUCGAGGACGACCACCUAAAAACAAGAAUCUGGAGGUUGAAGUGCAGAAGAUUUCUCCCAUCUGCACUAACUGCGAACAGAGCUUCUCUGAUUUGGAGACGCUGAAAACGCAUCAGUGUCCAAGACGUGAUGAUGAGGGUGAUAAUGUAGAGCAUCCACAAGAAGCUUCUCAGUAUAUCUGUGGCGAAUGCAUUCGAGCUUUCAGCAAUUUGGAUCUUCUCAAAGCCCACGAGUGCAUCCAGCAAGGGGAAGGAUCUUACUGUUGCCCCCAUUGCGACCUUUAUUUCAACCGCAUGUGCAAUCUGCGUCGCCAUGAGAGAACGAUCCACUCUAAGGAGAAGCCCUAUUGCUGCACGGUGUGCCUCAAGUCUUUCACUCAGUCUUCUGGAUUGAAACGCCACCAGCAAAGCCACUUACGCCGUAAAUCCCACCGCCAGAGCUCAGCUCUGUUCACUGCCGCCAUCUUUCCCUGCGCAUACUGCCCGUUCUCCUUCACUGAUGAGCGAUAUCUUUACAAACACAUCCGGCGCCAUCACCCGGAGAUGAGCCUCAAAUAUCUGAGCUUCCAAGAAGGGGGCGUUUUAUCAGUCGAAAAGCCUCACAGCUGCAGUCAGUGCUGCAAGAGCUUCAGCACGAUCAAGGGUUUUAAGAAUCACAGCUGCUUCAAGCAAGGGGAGAAGGUGUAUCUGUGCCCGGACUGCGGGAAGGCCUUCAGUUGGUUUAACAGCCUCAAGCAGCACCAGCGAAUCCACACCGGGGAAAAGCCUUACACCUGUUCGCAGUGCGGAAAGAGUUUCGUCCACUCCGGGCAACUGAAUGUGCACCUCCGUACUCACACAGGCGAAAAACCUUUCCUCUGUUCUCAGUGCGGCGAAAGCUUCAGGCAGUCUGGAGAUCUGAGGAGGCACGAGCAGAAGCAUUCUGGUGUCCGUCCGUGCCAGUGUCCGGAUUGUGGGAAAAGCUUUAGUCGGCCGCAGAGUCUCAAAGCUCAUCAACAGCUUCACGUCGGCACUAAACUUUUCCCCUGCACUCAGUGUGGAAAAAGCUUUACUCGGAGGUACCACCUCACCCGGCAUCAUCAAAAAAUGCACUCUUGAUUCAAAUAGAAAUGCACGGACGCCACAUGAAAUGCUUUAAAACUUAUUUAGUUUCUUUGUCGCUAAAUAGCUGUGAUAGAUUUUUGAGUUUAACACAAGUGGGCAAGCACUUGUUGGAUUGUAGAUGCAUUAGGCCGGUUGUAAUCAAAAGUCCAAAUUAUAUUUUAUUAAUGCCAAAAUGUCUAAUGGUAUGUUAACAUAGUAAAAUAAUUUUGUAAAUGUA